AUUGAAUUGAAGGUUCGGGUGUCACGGAGCUCGUAUUUCAGGUUGCGCAUUGCAAAACCGAAGUCGUCAGUAUUUCUCAUCUACGAGUUUCCGUACUCGUGUUUUUUCUCACUCUCCUUCUUCCAACUACCAAGUCUUGUUGUAAGUAAAAGUUCUCGUCAAUUUUGACAAGAAAAGGUAAAAAAAAUUUGUAAUUUUUAUUUGUAAGAAGCGUUCGGAGAGGAACAGCUUUUCCUGUGCUUUUAUCGUACUAAAAAAAGCGGAUCUCACUUUUUUUUACUUUUGUUUUUUUAUAUUCUAGCAUCCAUCCCAACGUUUUUGGUUGUCUGUCAUGCUUUCGAAUCAGAUUUCCCCAGCAGUAAGAUCCUCUAGGGCAUCUACUUCUUCUUUGGGUGCGUUCGUUUUGGCUCGCUUGGCUCAUACUCAUCACAAAGUAUUGAUCGUCGGUGGUGGUUCUGCCGGUAUCUCUGCCGCCCAUCAAAUUUACAACAAAUUUUCAAAGUACCGUUUUGCCAACGGGGACGGUAAAGACACCUCGAUUAAAUCGGGUGAAAUUGGUAUCGUCGAUGGUGCUAAGCAUCAUUACUAUCAACCAGGAUGGACCUUGGCUGGUGCUGGACUUAGCUCUGUGGCCAAGAACCAACGUAAUCUCAGUGACUUGGUUCCUUCAGAUAAGUUCAAGUUGCAUCCAGAAUUCGUACAGUCCUUAAACCCCAAGGACAACAAAAUUGUAACUCAGGGUGGUCAUGAAAUUUCUUAUGAUUAUCUUAUCAUGGCUGCCGGUAUUCACACUGACUUUGAGCGUGUGAAGGGUUUGAGUGAAGCUCUUGAUGACCCUUCAGUCCCUGUAACCACCAUUUAUUCGGCCAAGCAUGCUGACUCUGUUUUCCCCUUGAUUCAAAAAACUACCUCUGGUACUGCCAUCUUUACCCAACCUAGUGGUGUUUUGAAGUGCGCUGGUGCUCCUCAGAAGAUUAUGUGGAUGGCUGAAGAUUACUGGCGCCGUCAAAAUGUUCGCAACAACCUUCAAGUUUCUUUCUACUCUGGUUGCCCUACUCUCUUCUCUGUCAAACGUUACUCGGAUGCCUUGGAACGUCAAAAUCAAACUCUUCACCGUAAUGUUCAUCUCAAUUAUAACAACAAUCUUAUCGAAGUAAACGGUAAAGAGCGUAAGGCCGUCUUCCAAAAUACCACCAAUAAUACCACUUUCGAACGUCCCUUCGAUUUGUUACACGCUGUUCCUUUUAUGCGUUCUCACGACUUCGUUGCUAAGAGUGAUCUUGCCGACAAAGCUGGUUUUGUCGCUGUUAACCCUGCCACCACUCAGUCGACUAAAUUCCCUAAUGUCUUUGCCAUUGGUGAUUGCUCUGGCCUUCCCACCAGUAAGACAUACGCUGCUAUAACUUCUCAAACACCCGUCAUGGUACACAACCUCUGGAGUUUAGUCAAUGGUAAGAACUUGACUGCCGCUUAUGAUGGAUAUUCUUCUUGCCCAUUAUUGACUGGAUAUGGCAAACUCAUUUUGGCCGAAUUCAAGUACAACCAAGUUCCUACUGAAUCCUUUGGCAGAUACUCUCGCUUCCUUGACCAAUCCGUUCCUCGUCGUCCUUACUACUAUCUUAAAAAGGAUGUUUUCCCUUUCGUUUACUGGAAUUUUGCUAUGCGUAAUGGUCAAUGGUACGGAAAGCGUGGUAUCUUCCCUCCCCACUUUACUGUCAACUAAAUGAGUCACGACUUAAUAUAAGUCAUUGUGAAUUUUUAACUUUGAGUACUGUCUUGCGUUUUCAGUCGGUUGUUCUCGUUCUCCCAUCUUUUGUAAACUUUGGGGUCAUUUAAAUUUUCUUUGCAGCAAUUGUGCAUUACUUCUUUUUACCCCCUGUGAUAAAAGAACAUUAUUUAUCUAAAUAACUGUUUAAUUCUUAGAUAUUGGUUUUGUUUAUAUGUUUCUAUGUAUGUAAUGAUAUUGCUCAACUGUUUUUAGCAAUUUAAAAUGUAGUGUUGUUAGCAAUUCUUAUACUGUUUUAAACAGUAUCGCUGGUCAUAUUGUUUGUUCAAUAACAAAAGGUGUG